AUGGCUCCUGGAAUCUUUGCUGGACCAUCGGCGGCACACAGCGGUAAGCCGUCGGGUCGUGAGGAAGAUUACGAGUUCACGGAUGCGAAACAUGCGGGAAGCGCCCGCGCUUGGGCUGCAGGUGGAAAGGAGGUGCCACAAGCUAGCAUCGGCACCGUGUCUGGGUCUGGUAUCUCAGUGAACAGAGAUGAGAAGCUGCGCGAUGGUUAUGAUUCGCCGGGUGUUGUCACCAAUGAUGCGACUAGUGAGGAGUGGAUCAUGAAGGAGGACUCUUCUAGGUAG